AUGUCGCUAUCCAAGAUAAAACACAUCGUCCUUGUCCUCUCAGGCAAGGGCGGUGUCGGAAAGUCAUCCGUGACUACCCAGCUCGCAUUGUCACUCUCAUUAGCUGGCCACUCGGUCGGUGUUCUCGAUGUUGACCUCACGGGGCCAUCGAUACCGCGCAUGUUUGCCAUCGAGGAUGCCAAAGUGACACAGGCACCCGGGGGCUGGCUACCCAUCACUGUCCAUGAAGCCGAUCCAACUUCUGGACUUGGUUCGCUUCGCGUCAUGAGUCUGGGGUUUUUACUCCCUGGGCGAGGCGAUGCUGUGGUAUGGCGCGGGCCGAAAAAGACAGCCAUGGUGCGCCAGUUCUUGUCAGAUGUCUUCUGGGAGGAGCUCGACUACCUUCUCAUCGAUACACCACCUGGCACGAGUGAUGAGCACAUCUCUCUUGCCGAGACACUGCUUCAAAAGGCACGGCCAGAUCAGGUCGCCGGGGCGGUAAUUGUGACAACCCCUCAGGCAGUGGCUACUGCCGACGUGAGGAAAGAACUCAACUUCUGCACCAAGACGGGGAUCCGUAUAUUGGGCGUUGUCGAGAACAUGUGCGGCUUUGUUUGCCCGAAUUGCAGCGAGUGCACCAACAUUUUUGGCAGUGGAGGAGGUGAAGUCAUGGCCGAUGACUUCAAUGUCAAGUUCUUGGGGCGUGUUCCCAUCGACCAGCAGUUUAUUGUCUUGGUUGAGACGGGAAAGAGGCCGCGAUAUCCAGAGGGAACAGUUAUUAAUGGGCAAGAUAUCUCGGCAGCUGCAAAGGAGGCGGAGGCUGAGGAGGCUAAGAGAGAUACCGCGCAACUGGUACUAAAGUACAAGGACUGCUCGUUGGCGCCGAUAUUCAAGACGAUUACUGCUGAUGUUGUUUCGGCAGUUGAGCAAGGGGGCGCGUGA